AUGGACCCAACAAACGAUCCCAACUUCACUCCACCGUCACUAACUAAAAACUUUGAGCCUACUGCUCCACUGCACAAGAUCCCCCACAAUACGCCAAUACAACCAUUUGUAAUGGAAGACUUGGGAGAGGCAUUGGAUGAUCCAGCGCCACACCCGGCUGCCACUCAUACAAGACCCAGCGCAGCCUCACACAAAUCCUUUGAUAGUGCAUCCUACGAUGCCGACUCCAAAUAUAUUUCAAAAAUACCUAGGAAACAUACCGAGUUGAUCAACUCGUCCUCUGACGAAGAAGAAGAAGAAGUCAAGAAGAAAGUUGACGCAAAAGAAAAUGACGGAAAAAUUUUUACGAAAUACGAAGCGGAUCGCCCGGAUAAAGAGAUUCUCCCACCUUCGAUUCAAGUGAGAUCUUCACAGAUUGCCGACUUGGAAGAAGUGCCACACGGAAUCACAAGACAAGCAACAGAGUUGAGCAAUUACCAUUUCCCAACACACCGGCUAGCCACUACAUUGCUGGAUGACUCCAAAUCACCAUUGGUGAUUGUUGCGUGUGGUAGUUUCUCUCCAAUAACAUAUUUACACUUGCGAAUGUUUGAAAUGGCAUUGGACGCAGUAAUGGAACUGACCAGAUUUGAAGUUGUUGGUGGAUAUUUCAGCCCCGUAUCAUCAAACUACAAGAAACAAGGCUUGGCUCUGGCGCACCAUAGAGUACGAAUGUGCGAGUUGGCGUGCGAGCGAACAUCAAGCUGGCUUAUGGUGGAUGCCUGGGAAUCUUUACAACCAAGGUAUACGAGAACUGCAUUGGUUUUGGACCACUUUAAUGAAGAGAUUAAUAUUAAGCGAGGCGGUGUAAUGACCAAGUCAGGCCAGAAAAGAGGCGUCAAGAUUAUGCUUUUGGCAGGCGGCGACUUGAUUGAAUCCAUGGGUGAACCAGAUGUAUGGGCAGAUUUCGACCUCCAUCAUAUCUUGGGCAGAUAUGGCUGCCUCAUUGUUGAACGCACAGGGUCAGAUGUAAGAAGUUUCCUAUUGAGUCACGAUAUCAUGUACGAACACAGGAAAAAUAUCUUGGUUAUCAAGCAAUUGAUCUACAAUGAUAUCUCCUCGACCAAAAUACGAUUGUUUAUCAGACGAGGCAUGUCCGUACAGUACCUUUUGCCCAAUUCUGUAAUCAGAUAUAUACAACAGCAUAACCUAUAUGGCGACUCCGAGCCAGUGAAGCAGGUUAUGUCCGAUAGAGUAGAAUAA